GAUCUAGUGUAAUGUAAUUUUUGAGCGAAAAAAUCAAUGGGACCAAAAAACCUUGCAAGUUCAAUGAUCAAUAACGAUCGGUUUGUUGAGACUAAGGAUCACUGAUCAAUUCACCAAUCGAGUACGAUUGAGCUUUCCAGUAAAAAAUCCAAGCUUUGAGUUCACUUUUCGACUAGAAAAAAACCGGCUAGACCAAUGAUGAAAGGCAGACCGAGAGGAUCGCUUCUGAGGCUCUUGAUUCUCAUCCUGACGACGGUGGAUCAGAUAAUGGUAGUCUUGACGGCUCAUCACGGUGGUCAUCACCAUCAAGUCUCGAGGAGGAUCCAUCUACCACGUGCAGUGGAAGCUACCAAGAAAUUCCUCUGCAGAGAGCCCCAAUCGAGAGCUUACAAUCUGAGGGAUCUGGUGCACAGUAUGCAACCGAGUGAGAGCGUGAAUCAGCCGGUGUACAUUGUGGUGAAGAAGUGCGACAACCAUUCGGGCUGCUGCGUUAGUCCCGAUCUCAGCUGCGCGCCGGUCCAGUCGUCGAUAUAUUACGAGGACAUGGAAGUCGAGGUCUGGAGCCUGCUGACGAAUAGCACGAGAAGGGUGUGGAUCAGAAUCGAACAACACGGCAGGUGCAGUUGCGAGAUCAGUAGUGCUAGUGAGAGACUUAGAGAGGACACUCAGCCACCUAGUAUACAGAUCCUUUGA